AUGAUCUACAAUCUAAAACAACUCAGUGUGUUUGACACAAAAUGGAUACCACAACAACAUAUAUUUGUCAGUUCGGCUUUUGAUAUUGGUGGAAUUGAAAGGUAAAUAUUUUUUAGCAGUCAGGAAUUUUUAGGUAGCAUAUUGUUUUAGUAGGCAUUGUAGGCUUAAGCUUAGUAGUCUUAAACUUAGUAGUCUUAGCUAUUAGGAUUGGGUUUAGUAAACUUAGGCUCAGUAGCUUUAGACCUAACAAGUUCUAAGCUUAGUAGAGUAAGACUCAGAUGGUUUAGGCUUUGUAGGCUUAGGCUUAUUAAGCUUAUGCUAAACUCUUGUCCCAGCAACCGACUUAUGGCAAAAAGCAUUUCCUAGCUCACAAAAAAUACAUACUAUGAUAGCUGUUACAUGAUGAUAUCGCGAGGUAAAACGAAGUAAAAUCCCAGCCCUCGCAGUCAUUUGUUGGGUCGUUUUACACCGAGGCAAAUAUGAUAUAAAACUAUAAUAUUACAUCAGAAAAAGUUGCGUAAUAUCAUUUCUUACAAUUCCUCUAAGGCUACUUAGUUGUAAUAUAAUAUCAUUAAUAUUAGGUAAUAGCGCAAAAAUAUUGUUUUUUCUUAAAUUUAAAGUUAGUAGACUUAGGUUUAGUUGGCUUAAAGUUAGAAAGCUUAAAAUGAGUAAACUUAGGCUAGGUAGUCGUAGGCUUGGUAGGCUUAAAAAGCUAAGGCUUCGUAAACAUGUACUUGGUAACACAUGCUUUGUAAGUUUUUUUGUUCAUUAGAUUCAAACUUCUAAGAAUAAUAGCUAGUAGGUUCAAACUUAGUAAUUUAAAACUUAGUGGGUUUAGACACAGUAGGCUUAAGGUUAUCAACAAAUUGUUUCUUUUUCUUUUUAAUUUUUAAAACUCCUUAAAGUAACAUAAAUUCAAAACAACUACUUACGUUGUUAUCUUGAUUUACGACAGAGUUUCAUUUAUUUGAAAACAUCAAAAACCUAAAAAAAUAAACUUUCUUUGAUUUUUAUAAACUAUAAUAUUAGUAAAAACAUAAUUUUUCAGUCAAAACACGACGCACACAAUCCGAGUCCUAGUGACAACUCAUGAUCGUGGGGAUGAUAUUGUGACUCGGCCACCACCAGUGUUCUGUCGCAACGAGCACAAUGAUAUCAUAGCUGGUGAAUGGCAGUUUAUGAGUGGUCCGAAACCAUGCUUUUGGAAGGACUAUUUCUUGGACUGUCAUUUUAGACAACUCUCUCGAAGCUUGGACUUGGUGGGAGAUGGAGCUGGGGUUUUGAAGGCAGGUGUCUAUAUCAAUAUAAUCAUUUACAAAAAUUAAAAAUUUUAAAAAUUUUGUUUUGAAAAACGGUAAGAAUGACCCCAGUGAAUCCAAGAGCUAAAUUUAAUAGCCUUAGGCUUAAAAGUUUAGAACAGUAAAGCUCAAAAUCAAUUUUAGGUACCAAUAACACCAGCAGUAACAAAAAAAGUGCCGCUAGUAUUCUGUGUGGCCAGGAUGUUUUACUAUGAAAAUUGGCAAGUAGCACUCACCUCCUUAGAGCUAUAUUUACAUCACGGAGUUGAUUUGUUUGUGAUUCCAAUAAUAAGUGUGGUAGAGCAGCUUCACACAAUUCUACGACAUUAUGAGCAACUUGGCCAUGUUAGAUUGAAGAAAGGUGUCAUUUUGCCGCAAAUUGUAAGUAUUUCUUGUUGGUUGAAGCAGAGGCUUUGGGUAAGGUAAAGCUAGGUUGUGAUUGAGGCGUAGGGCUACGGCAAUCUUAAGGUAAAAAGUAGGGUAAAAGUAUCGCAAUGUUAGUCAAGUGCAGAAGCGCCGCACAUGUAUGCUACCGUAAGUUAAGGGAAGAAGUAUCAAUUCAGUCUAAAUCUAGUCUAGGAUUUGCCUAAGGCUAGCUUAAGCCUAAGCCUAAACCUAAGUCUAAGCCUAAGCCUAAGCCUAAGUCUAAGUCUAAGUCUAAGUCUAAGUCUAAGCCUAAGCCUAAGCCUAAGCCUAAGUCUAAGCCUACGCCUAAGCCUAAGUUUAAACCUAAGAUUAAGCCUAAGCCAGAGCCUAAACCUAAACCUAAGCCUAAAUCUAAAAAAACGCCAAGAAUAAGCCUAAUUUUAUUUAAGUUAACAUUUACACAUUGUUUUAGCCCGAACUAGAAGGCGAUCCGAAUGCUCAAACAGAUUCCUUAAACAUGAUGCCAAGUCAAACAGAGUGCAUGUAUGAAUAUCGCAAUGCAGCUGAUUUUAUCAUCUUCGGAGAUAUUGAUGACGUUAUUAUUCCUCGAAAGUUCAAUUCGCUGUUAAAGGAAGCCCAGUACUACCAAAAUAGGUUUCCGGACGCACCGUCGUUUGAAUUCAUGUGGGCGACUACUAGGCUUAAAUUACGUAGGCUUAUGUCAUUUUAAUAUUUUUGUCUUGAGGGUAUGAUAAUAGGAUUAAUUAGGGUAGGGUAGGGUAGAGUAGGGUAGGGUAAGGUAGGGUAGGGUAGGGUAGGGUAGGGUAGGGUAGGGUAGGGUAGGGUAAGGCUCAUUUUUUUGGAAAAAAUUUUCAGACGAAGACCCCCAACGUUACAACAUCCGUGACGUCAUAUCGAGCUUCCACGUGACCAAUAUUGCCGACUACGGUAAAUCAAUAGUAUUACCUAAACGGCUACGACAAGGUCUGAUACAUUUUCCAUUGUUUGACCAUGACUAUGCUGGCAACUACACCCAUGUCAAGUUGACAUAUCAAGAUGCAUAUGCUGUGCAUUUACGUGAAUCUUUGUAUGAAGCUGACUGGGGAGAGCUACGACCGUAUAAUUUGUAUAUGAACUUGACUGAUUACAGUAAGAUACAGUAUGAUUUUAUGGAAAGGAUGAGCAAAAACCCGGUGGUUAUGGAGGUAUGUGGCUUUAUCCUGCUUCUAUCCUUACAGUACCCUAUUGUAUCCUACCGUACCCUACCGUACUCUACCGUACCCUACUGUACCCAUCCCGACCCUACCCUAGCUUUCUUUAUCCUACCCUAAAUUGCCUUUUCCUAUCACCCUCUCUACCUCGGUUUAGGCCUUCAUAAACCUCCCAAGAACCAAGCCAUACGCUGCCGCGUUAUACGAAUGUUACCGAGUAACAAAACUGCGUCGCAAACUCUCCGAAGAUCUAUGUAUGUCACCAUUAGAAUGCAAAGAGCUAAAACAACAGUCAGGCCCGCAGUGCACUGUGCUAGUGUCUGAUUACACCUCAAUUGAUAACGGACUUGGUGUUACGCUGUACACUACAAAAAGUAGCACUUUAGUCAGUAGAAGUCAAUGUCAUCUUUCACAAAGUUGA